UUGUGGCGGUUCCUCCUCCUCGGUUCCCUGUCCACUAAGCUUUGGAGGCCUCGGUCUCUCUCGCUCACUAGAGGUUGCAUGAGGAUGCCGGGCCCGAAGGGGUGCUAUGAGCAUGCGAUCCAGCGUAUGCCGCCCGAGGCCCGACGACCCCUCAUUGGGGGAGGAGCCUCAGGAAAGCCCGGGGCUCGCGGGCCGAAGUAGGCCACAACCGGAGUGCUGGACCGUUGAACGGGUGAAGGCCCAAUCCGGGCCAGGUGAUCCCUGUUCAGGGAGGCUUGGGUGCGAGGCGGGGGCCCUGGCGGACAAAGGGGCCGGGGGAGCAGCAGGGGCGGCAGUGACCGGUGCUGGUGCGGCUACUACGGCGGCUACCGGGCAAGGCCAAGCACCGGCCUCAAGUUCUACAUCCCCCGGCCCCCGUUGGAGGCCGCCGCUAAGGGCGGGAUCGGGUCCCGGCGCUUGUUUGAAGCAAAUUGUACUCCUACAGUUGGAUCUGAUUGAGCAGCAGCAGCAAAGGAUCCAGGACCGGGAGCGGGAGAUCGGGGAGCUCAGGGCGGAAAAAGACACGCUCCUGGCCCGUAUUGAGCGGAUGGAAAGACGUAUGCAGUUGGUCAGAAAGGACAGUGAAAAAGAUAAGCAGCGCACAUCACAGAGCCGCGAACCAGCUCCUGAAAUGCCAGAGGGUCCUCUCUUGGAGAGUGCAGGGUUUGGGGAGUUUCCUCUGGAGACCUUACCACACCUCACCAGUCUCACCCCAAAACCCUUUUCUUAUGGUCGCAAUGGAAAAGGACAUAAAAGGAGGUCAGCGUUCCGCAGUUCUGAUCGUAGGACUCCCAUCAAAAGGCUUGCACCAGACCUUUCAAAAGUAAAAAGCAAAAUGCCCCGAGCACCUGCAGAAGGGGAGGAUGAUGAGCCUGGGGGUUCCCUCUCUGAAAUUAUUUGCCAGAGGGAGUUGCGAAGCAAGGAGACCCCAGAACAAAAUAGUUCCCCGUCAGAUACCCCUCUAAAGUCUUCAUGUGGGUUGCUCACAACUCCUCUGCUUAAGGACACCAACCCUCUCUCUAGUGAGGUAGACUCUCUGCCUUACCUCUCCACCACAGACAUGUAUCUUAGCCGAUGGCAUCAGCCGCCCCCAUCUCCUUUAAGAGAACUGUCUCCCAAGAAGGAAGAGUGUGUUGCAAUCCCUUCCUGGCGAGAACACACCAUUGAACCUCUCGAGAAUGUGAAUUCUUCAGACAUACCAGAGAAUCUGGAUGAUACAGUAUUCACGAAGAGACAUGCCAAACUAGAGCUUGAUGAAAAAAGGAGGAAGAGUAUUUGCUUUCUGCACAGGUGGGACAUUCAGAGGAUACGUGAACAGAGGAUCCUUCAGCGAUUGCAGCUAAGGAUGUACAAAAAGAAGGGGAGUCAGGAGUGCGAGCCUGAAGUCACAUCAUUUUUUCCUGAUCACGAUGAAGUGGAAUCUGUAAUGAUCACUCCCUACCUCCCUGUUGUGGUAUUUGGACGUCCGCUGCCUAAAAUUACCCCACAUUUUGUAGCUGCGUCAGUCUGUCCCCUGCGUAGAUACAUACAGAUGACCACACCUCACCAUCUGAUCUUUCCUUGAUGCAGGAAUUUUGAGCUCCCCUGGCUAGACGAGAGAAGCAGAUGUCGGCUGGAAAUGCAGAAGAAACAGACCCCACAUCGGACUCCCCGCAAAUAAGGGUUGUCUCAUUCCUACAUCGGACUUGUCGUCUGCUUUUCUUGGGAAUAAAAGUGCCGAAGUUUGACAUUUAUGAGGUGCAAAUACGAGGUUAUGGCUGUGUACGCCAUUUACUGUCACAUACAGAAGGACCUGCAGUGUGGAGUCUAGGUGCCUGUCUUUAAUAUGAAAGACCAAUCAUUUUUCUCCUCGUCCCGAGCGUUUCACCUUCUUGUUGUAGCAAACAAUAUCAAUCACAUUUCCUGUAUAUGAUCUCCAACGGUGCUAGAUGUACUUAUUUUCUAUACACCUCGCCAUGUCAUGUGGAUUUACUUACAGUAUCUUUAUUCUCUUAUACUCAAAAACAGUUUUUCCUUAGUUUGCUGUGUAUUCAUGCAAACCUGUCUCUACUCCUUCUUACACUUAAAGGCAUAUUUCAUUUUGUAUCAUCUUGCAUUACUUUUGUCUGCAUGUAGAUAUGGAAGGUAUGUCACCAUAUUUAUAUCUGCUCUCAUGUAUAAUAUAUACCAGCUUCCAGUUUCUCCUGUUUGAUAAAGCAUAUUCAUUUGGAUCCAUCUGCACAAUCUGUUUUCCAAGACUUCCAAUUCUAAAUGAUUACAAACUAUCAAAAGCUACGUUUGUGGAUAUAUAACAAAAUUCCUGUUUAUUUCCAACAGCACGUUUUCUACUAAACCUGACAUUCUCAAUAGCCAGUUAUUGAAAAACACAAUAUCUAACAAUUAUGUUUUUAUUGGAUGAAACUCUUUAGAGUGAGGAGUUGCAAUUACCCACCCACAUCAAGCAUACAAGCACUGUGAGAUUAUACUUUGAUCUAUUUUCUACUAGAGGGUUAUUCUGAAGCACCCCAUGGGGUUAAAUUAUACACCAAUGUCAAACUGUACAGACACAGUUUACAACUUCACAUCUUUUUGUUUUUAGUUUUUCCUUUUAAUUUUGUAAAGUUGCUUCUAUGUAAAUAUCUUAAGGGUUACAUCUCGAGGGCUGUUAUUUUUUGUAAAUAAAAACCUUGGAUGCAAUUUCCUUUGCAGUUAUGGGGUUAUAGGUUAUGCCAGUGUUAAUGGGAUGAAUAUGAAAAACCUUGUUAUGUUUAAAACAUUGAAAAAAACCCACCUUUUGUUUUUUAAAAUAAAACCUGUAAAAAAAAAAAUGUUCUUUGUUUCUGA